CCAUGCUGGGCCUUUUUUGUUUUGUACAGUUAGCGCCCAGGAGCGGAGAUGGACGAUUUUGGAGCAGACGAGAAUGGAUUUGUACAGGUGAAUGGCGGCAGUGGUGGGGGCAGCGAGUUCUUUCCGACGGACUUCGGCGGCGAUUCUUCCCCGGGGCGUGCAGGCGCUGCCGCUGGGGAUCCCUACGGCCACUCAGAAGAAGAUCGGCACUCGGGGCGUUUCCGUGACGAUGGGGAUGACUUUGGUGGCCCCUUGGGUGGCAGUGGCGCUUCCCCGCUGAACGGCAUGUCGGGAACAUCGGCCCCGCUAGACCUUCCGUUGGAAUCUGAGCUCUUGUACGAGUGGCGGCGGAAGAGAGCUGCUGAACUGGAAGAAAAGUCGGAGCAGGAGAGAGAGAGGAAGGUGGACAUCAUUGAGGCGGCAGCGAGCCUGAGGAGCAAUAUGGCCGCACAGAGAGAAAAAGCAAUGGAGGCAGCGCGACAGAAUAAUCGCGAGAAAGAAAGCGUGUUCUUGUCUGGCCUAGAGGCGUCCAUGUACACCAACCCCGGCGGCAAUUAUUGGGCGACCGUGGCGGGAAUGAUCGAUUUCGAUUCGAAGCCGGAGGAGAAGGUGCCGGCGAAAACUGCCACUAAAAGCGGAACAGACAAAGCAGCCGACAAGAAGAAAUCUGCAGGGGCAGCUUCUGUAGUAGUGAACAAGCCAAAGCCCGGUAAAGCGACGGAUCUGACUCGAAUGAGGCAGCUGUUGCUGAAGCUGAAACACAACCCUGGCGGUGGAAAACAGACGGCAGCUGAGACAAAGGGAAUGAACGGCGGUCUGCGACAUGCUCCUCAGCCUGGACCAGUUGCUGCGACCGGGGCGUCAUCUACUGAAUGGGGGGACUCCGUCUUUUUCUGAGUUUGCGGCGAGCGGAAGACCUGGCCGUUGGAUGGAUGGUACGAUCGAUGGUGAGGGAUGGGAUCCUCUCCAAGCUGAGAUGUCUUCCACCUCGAAUGGGCGGGCUGUGGUGCAGGCCCUAUUGCUCCCUCCCCCGUCACCCCUCCCUCUUUCUCUCCCUUCACCUCAUCUGGUGCCAUGUGUGAUGUUUUCAUCACUCGUCUUGUUUUCCCUUACAUCACUCUUCUUGUUUCGCCUUACAUUCAUUUCUUGUGUGCUCUCUAGAUCUCUCAAUUCACUGGUUGUCCGGGUGGUGAUUCUGGUUCGGGAUUGACCGAACGUGGUUUGAAUCUCUCCUACUCAGUGCAGUUUUCUGUUCUUCUUAUAUCCUCCUGGUGAUGAUGGUUGAUCUUUUGUGGCAAUCCGACCGCUAAAGUCUUAGAAACAUGAAGCUGCCUGGUCUACGUUCUUGCCUGCUCUGCGUGGGUGAUUGCACUUCUGCUUGCACCUCCCUUUCCCCCUCCCUUCCUUCCUCUGCUUUACACGUCAGAUUAUGGCGCUCCGUGUUGAUCAGCAGGUGAUGAUUCGAUUGUUGUUGUCUAUGUGUCUCUUCUUCUUGCAACCGGAUGGACUCCCCCCUUCCCCCCCCCCACCUCUUCCCUAGCUCAACGUCUUGCCCCUCCUCCUCAUCCUCUCCUAGCCCCGAAUCCGAUGUAUUUUUGAUUACUUGUUUUGAAUGAAGAGUUGGUGAAGAUUUGGAGUUCGUCUAGAUAUCCUGAUUGAAUACUUCAAUAAACGUCGUGCAGUGUGAAAUGGAAGGGCUUAGAUGCAAGAUUUAGAAAGGAGCGAGGGCUUUGAAGCCGUAUUUGCUCUUCUUCCGUUGUUUCUGGCAAUCUUCUCUUACCUGGCCCUCUCUUGACCAAUACGUUGAGACUUCUCUCCUCUCUUCUGCUUCUUGUGACCGCUUCUUUUGUCGGUUCAUCUGCAGAGUAGACCAAGAAGGGCCUGUGCUGCUCCGCCUGCGUAAGAAAAGGAGUAUUGGUGAUUAUACAACCAACUCAAGGGGGAGCGUUACCGCGGCGGAGGGAUGGGAUAAAACGUAAAGGACAGAGGCUGAGGAAUGGGAAACAACAGAAAGGACAGAGGUGUUUGUUGGGUGGUACGCGGCUGAUCGUGUGUUAACGGACACGAUAAAUGCUACAGUGGGAGAGCAAAAUGAGGCGAGGACGGAAGAGGGAGGUGUAUAAAAGGUGAACGCCAUGAACACGAGCACGGAGCUCAAGUCGGAACAAAAACUGAAUGGUGGGACGGUUCUCAUGCGGUCGUUGAUCGUUGUUGGGUUGCAUACUGUGCCAGACGAAAAGAAAAGAGAUGAAUGAAAAGAAAUGGAUGUGGAAGUCAGAGAACGGAACUUGAUAACCUCAAAAAUCUUAGACCGUAAACUCAAAAGCAAAUGCAAGAGCUCACAAUUCUGCAGAAAGCAAGGAUGAUGUGUUGGAAAACGGAAUUAAGUGAAACUGGAAUGACAGUGGUGAUCAGAAAUGCAACCUGCAAUAGGGAACCUUCGGAGCAAUGACAUUGAGAAUCGCACACACAGAUAGUGUUUUCCAUUUCCGCUGUCAUUGAGUGAUAGGGAAUUGAGAGCACUGCUUGUUCUCCGUGUGCAAAUUCAACCCUCCGAUGGGCAUCGGCCAUUCCCUAAGCCAGCACGAAUGACCAGGCCCUGAGGCAGGCCAAACAAGCCAGGGGGAAAAGGCCAGACCAACGGCUGACUGUAAAGUCACCUCGUGGACCCAGGCCCAGAUCAGAAUGUCAAAGUCAACACAAGAUUUUGUGGCCGUCGAUCGGGAAUGAUCUAACAGUGGUCCGCAGGUUCCAGAAGAUUCAGGCCUCAUGGAGUCCAGCCAGGAACUGGGACAAAUUGCAUCUGGAUGAUCCGGACCUUAUUCUGACUGAAGCUGGUGGUCCUGGUGACCAUGAGUCAAUGCUGUAUAGAGUUGAUUUUGCCACCACUUGGGCAUUCGGUUUUGCAAGUUGCUCGCAGCUUCAAUGCUGCAUGUGAGACCUGAGUUUGGGAGCUGGCGCCAGUCUGCUUCGUGGGCGCCAGCCAUAUGCGAUGGAAGAAGAGAGAGAGCGAGGGAGAGAGUGUACGACGACCAUUGCUGAGGCCAUUGACGACGGCGAGGUAGUGAGGAGAGGGAGAGAGAGUGUGAGUGAAGAGAGACGUGUGAGUACGAACCUGGUCUCACUUGACGCUGCUGCUGACGCUGUUCAUCAAUGGAGGUGCACUCUUCGGAGAUAAGGCUGCAUCCUGCAUGUGUCAGAUUGUGAUCAGACUGCUGAUGUGUCAGAGGUGGAGGAGCCCGGUGGAGAAGAGGGACAUGACUGCUAUCCACUCUUCUCUUCCUAUCCGUCUCUCUUCUAGUCUGGUUACUCUUGGAAUGGGAAACGUACACGUGGCAGCAGAAGAUCAGACGAGAUUGGGUUCAUUACAAUUUGGUAUCAGAGCGAACUCACCUCAUCUCGGCAAUUGCUGCUUGGUUGACGACGACGACACGACACCACAGUGAUUGUUUCUCUCUGAUUGGGUGCUGACUUGGCACGGGCAGAGUGGUUUUCACCAUAUGCUCGUGCUGACGUGGCGCUGAUUGGCUGGUUCCCUCAAGAAAAUAAAUCGCCACGGUGUCCCUCUGAACGGGGUGCUGACAUGGCAUGCGCAGAGUGGUUUUUACCACUUGCUUGUGCUGAUGUGGCGCUCACUGGUUGGUUUCGUAAGGAAAUGAAUCGCCAGCAAUGCCGCACUGAUUGUAUAGCGCUGAAGGGAAGGAAGAAACAAGCGUUGAUGUGGCAUGUGUGGUGGUGAGAGCACUGUUGACGUGUCCUAUCUACUGGCGAGAGUAUGGCUGAUGUGGCACAUCCAAGUUGGGGCGAUGCUAGUGUUGCUGAUGUCACCGCAGAGAGCAUGCUGACGUGAAGCCAGAAGGACAGCGGGAUUCUGUUCCUGCGACUGAAUGCUGACAUGAACAUACUGUGUUGGCUAUUGGUCGACGCUGACCUGGACUUACAUUCAUCAGCUUAGUGAUUGAUGCUGAUGUGGACUUGCCUGUGUAGCUUUCUGAUGUUUUCUGGCCUAUGGACUGACUGUUGGUGAUACCUGAUCGAAUGGCCAGAAAGAAUCCGCACACAUUUGACGCGAGCAUCACAAGCAGCAAAGCAUAUUGAAAGAAAGAAAUCCGUAGUCUUAGUUUUUUAAUAUUUUUUAUUUCCUCUUUUUCGUUUUUGUUUUUUUUGCUGUUCUGAUUUUUUUACGUGUCCGCGGAACAGAUAGUUGCAUAGUCGGAUUGUGCAGUAGCUCAAAGGAUGGCAUCCUUGUGGAACAGCUUGCAGUUGUCUGGUCUGACAAAGUUCAUUCCCUUGUUUUUCCAUCCGGUCUCAUUGACAAUGUUGUGCGAAGAAAUGCAUACCCGUGGGCAAGUAAAUGCCCGCAGAGAUC